AUGAAGUUUUCUACUAUUGCUGUAACUGCUGCUCUGGUAGCCUAUAGUAACGCUUCCGUGUUGCCAUUUUAUGGUGAACAACAGGCCUUUGACCUGUCCGCUCUGAAGGAGACAAAGGAGACUGACUGGGACUCAAUCAUCUCCGGUGUUAAGGAUGCCUUGAGUCAAGGACACUCUGAGCAGGAUGCUGCUGAAGUUUAUGAGGACGAUGAUGAGGAUGUGAGUCCAUGCAAGAAGAGUUUCUGGUCUUUCUUGUGGAAGCCACAUGUCCCAUACUUAUUGAAGCCAAUUGUUGAGUCUGACAAGUUGCAAGACAAGAUUGAACUGGAUGACUUGAACAAGACCGCUCAUGACCUUCUAAAGAUUGCCAAGAAGAGUAAGAAAAAGUUUGGCCACCCAACCCGUGUUAUUGGUUCUCCAGGCCAUGGCAAGACCAUCGACUACAUCCUGGACGCCUUCGAUGACAUGAAGGACUACUACGACGUCUCUGUCCAAGAAUUCGAUGCCUUGGCUGGCAAAAUCAGAUCUUAUAACCUGACCGAUGCCAAAACUGGUAAGACGUUCAAGAACACCACAGCUUUUGCUCUGUCGCCACCAGUUAAGCCAUUUGUUGGCCGUGUGAUUGAGAUUCCUAACUUGGGUUGUCACGAGAAGGACUUCGCCGCUGUCCACCGCAAGGGUUCCAAGCACAAGCACGACAUUGCCUUGAUUGAAAGAGGUGAGUGUCCAUUUGGUGUCAAGUCUGACUUGGCCGGUAAAUACGGAUUCCACGCCGUGGUCAUCUACGACAACGAACCAUUGUCCCUAGAUGGUCUAAAGGGUACCUUGGGUGCUCCAACUAACCACACAGUUUCUACCAUUGGUGUCACCUACGUAACUGGUAAGGAGAUUAUUGCCAAGUUGGCAUUUGACCCAGAUUACUCCUUGUAUUUUGCUAUGGACUCUUACGUUGGAAAGAUCAAGACUAAGAACAUUAUUGCAGACACUAAGCACGGUGACGAGAACAACAUCGUUGGUUUGGGUGCUCACUCUGACUCUGUUGAAGAAGGUCCAGGUUUGAACGACGAUGGAUCUGGUACCAUUUCUCUAUUGACUGUCGCUAAGCAACUGACCCAUUUCAAGAUUAACAACAAGGUCAGAUUUGCAUGGUGGGCUGCUGAAGAAGAAGGCCUGUUAGGCUCCAACUACUACGCCAACAGCUUGUCGAAGGAAGAAAACUUGAAGUUGAGAGUAUUCAUGGACUACGAUAUGAUGGCCUCUCCAAACUACGAAUACGAGGUCUACGACGCUAACAACACAGUCAACCCACCAGGAUCCCAAGAAUUGAGAGACUUGUACAUUAACUACUACAAGGACCAGGGCCUAAACUACACUCUGAUCCCAUUCGAUGGCCGUUCCGACUACGUCGGCUUCAUCGAAAACGGUAUCCCAGCCGGUGGUAUUGCCACCGGUGCAGAGAAGAAGAACGUCUUCAACGGUGGUGUCCUAGACAAGUGCUACCACCAAUUGUGUGAUGACAUCUCGAACUUGGCAUGGGACGCAUUCUUGGUCAACACCAAGCUGAUCGCACACUCCGUAGCCACAUACGCUAAUUCCUUCGAGGGCUUCCCAGAGAGAAUCGGCAGCAACAAGACUAUCUCCGCUCUCCAGGCUCCAUCCUUCCCAUACAGAGGAAGCAACUUGAUAAUCUAA